AUGGCAUGUAAAAGUGCAAAAGAUAUAUGGGAAGAGCUUGACAAUAAAUAUGGAGUAUCUAAGAAAGAAGAGACCAUCACUCCGAUUGCUCCAACCUCAAAUGAUCAAGAAGAGGUAAAUCAUGGAUUAAUGACACAAAUUGGCGAAGAGGUAUAUGAUUUAUCUUCUAUCUCUGUUGAUGAUGCAUUUGAUGAUUCUUCUGUUGAUUCCUACAAUAUAUUUUGUGAUGAAUGUUCAAAUGUUUCUUGUGAUGAUGUUGUCAGUUUCUAUCCUAUUUUCGGGAUGGAUUCCAAGGGAAAGGACAUUGAUGCUAGAGGGGAUAAUCAUGUGGAGACUUCUAAUGAGGAGGAUGUCAAUACAUCGGCAAUGUUACGAGAGAUCCUUUCAGAAAUUCAGGCAAAGAGGUUACUUCUGGAGGGUAGCCAAGGGUACUUUGCAUUUGUAAAAGAAGCACUGAAAGAAGAACUUAAGUUAGAGGAUAUCCCAGUGAUAAGGGAGUUCUCAGAUUUUUUUCCAGAGGACGUACUGGGAUUGCCUCUUGAUCGCAAAGUGGAGUUUUCCAUUGAGUUAAAUCUAGGGAUAGCCCCAAUUUCUAAGGCUCCAAACAGAAUGGCUCUGACUGAAUUAAAGAAGCUAAAGGAGUAG